AUGCCUCGUAUUCAUGUUGUCGGUAAGCCACCAAAAUUCGUUCCUGUUCAUCGAAUCGAUGGUGAGCCAUAUUUGUUUCUAACAGAAGUUCAAGACUAUUUUCCUCACGUGAAGCGAUUAAUGUGGGGUGAUGAAUUAGUACCGUUCGCCAAAGGUCAUAAUGGAAAUAUUCUCAUACCAUUGAGAAUACGUGCACCGUGGAAAACAUAUUUUGGUUAUGAAGAAAAAGAAUAA